AUCACCGCGGGACGCAGUGGUGCAGGAUAAAAGUACGAGGCCCGCGGGGCUAAAUGCCGCAACCUGUUUCCUGCAGCUUGAUUCUCUCCCUUCUUCUUCUUCUUCUUCUCCUUCUCUCCUGACUGCCAAUUGCAACCGCAGCCAUGGUGCACGUCAACCGCGUUUCGACCGACCGCGAGAUCGAGGCCAUCAAGGCGCAGUACGCGAACAUUGACACGAUUCCGCUCACCGAGGAGGAGGAGCAGGAUGACUUCACGGCCACGGUGUACGGCAGCAAGUACGCCGGCGAGGACCUGCCCCGCCACGAGAUGCCGGAGCGCGAGAUGCCGGCGGCGGUGGCGCAUCGUAUGAUCAAGGACGACCUCACGCUCGACGGCACGCCGACGCUCAAUCUGGCGUCCUUCGUCACCACGUACAUGGAGAAGGAGGCCGAGGAGCUCAUGGUUGACGCCUUCUCCAAGAACUUCAUCGACUACGAAGAGUACCCUGUCAGCGCCGAUAUCCAAAACCGAUGCGUGUCUAUGAUUGCCCGGCUGUUCAAUGCGCCGGCCCACGACGAUGCGAACACGAUUGGCACCUCGACUAUCGGUUCCUCGGAAGCCAUCAUGCUGGCUGUCCUCGCCAUGAAGAAGCUCUGGCAGAAGAAGCGCAAGGCCGAGGGCAAGUCGACCGAGAAUCCCAACCUGAUCAUGAACUCGGCCGUGCAGGUCUGCUGGGAGAAAGCAUGCAGGUACUUCGACGUCGAGGAGAAGUACGUCUACUGCUCCAAGGACCGCUACGUGAUCGACCCCACCGAGGCCGUGGACCUCGUCGACGAGAACACCAUCGGCAUCUGCACCAUCCUGGGAACCACCUACACUGGCGAGUACGAGGACACCAAGACGAUCAACGACCUGCUCGUCGAGCGCAACAUCGACUGCAACAUCCACGUCGACGCCGCGUCGGGCGGCUUCGUCGCGCCCUUUGUCAACCCCAGCCUGCUGUGGGACUUCCGCCUGGAGAAGGUGACCUCGAUCAACGUGUCGGGCCACAAGUACGGGCUCGUGUACCCCGGCGUGGGCUGGGUGGUGUGGCGCGACCCCGCGUACCUGCCCAAGGAGCUGAUCUUCAACAUCAACUACCUGGGCGCGGACCAGGCGUCGUUCACGCUCAACUUCUCGCGCGGCGCGUCGCAGAUCAUCGGCCAGUACUACCAGCUCAUCCGCCUUGGCAAGCGCGGAUACAGGCGCAUCAUGCUCAACCUGACCCGCAUCGCCGACUACCUCGCCGCCAACCUCGAGAACCUGGGCUUCAUCAUCCUGAGCCAGCGCAAGGGCGAGGGCCUGCCGCUGGUCGCGUGCCGGCUGGACGAGGAUCUCGGCAAGCAGUACGACGAGUUCGCCGUCGCCCACCAGCUGCGCGAGCGCGGCUGGGUCGUCCCCGCCUACACCAUGGCCCCACACUCGGAGAAAAUGAAGCUAAUGCGCGUCGUCGUGCGCGAAGACUUCACCAAGUCGCGCUGCGACGCGCUGAUCGCGGACUUCAAGCUCGCGUUGCAGACACUGGACGCGCUCGACGCGAAGAAGAUCGCCGAGCACAAGGAUCACCAGUUCGCGAUGCGCCGCCGCACGACGCUGCACCAGCCCGUGGUCAAGGUCAGCACGAAGGAUUUGUAUGGCGAUGAGGAGCAUAGUUUGCAGGGGAAGCAUGAUAAGACGCAUGCUGUGUGCUGAGGGGAUGGCGAGGUGUGCGGUGCCGCACGAAGUAAUGACGCAAAUGACAAACGCAAUCACGCUCCAAAGCGAUCGGCAGUGACACUGUGCUCCCUGCCCGUCACGUGAUGCAGAUGCCUGGCGCACCGCCUCCACACACCCACCCUACGCCUUUAGGCAUCCAUACACGUGCCGCACGUGUCCCCC